ACAAGACCCGAUGGGCCCCGCGGAGGGCGCGGCGAGUCCCGGCCGCUUCUUCGGCGUCUACCUGCUCUACUGCCUGAACCCUCGGCACCUGGGCCGCGUCUACGUCGGGUUCACCGUCAACCCUGCUCGUCGGGCCCAGCAGCACAACGGAGGCCGCAAGAAAGGCGGGGCCUGGCGCACCAGCGGGCGCGGGCCAUGGGAGAUGGUGCUCAUCGUGCACGGCUUCCCUUCCGCCGUGGCCGCCCUUCGGUUUGAGUGGGCCUGGCAGCACCCGCACGCCUCGCGCCGCCUGGCGCACGUGGGUCCGCGCCUGCGCGGCGAGGCCGCCUUCGCGUUCCACCUGCGCGUGCUGGCGCACAUGCUGCGCGCGCCGCCCUGGGCGCGCCUCCCGCUCACGCUGCGCUGGCUGCGCGCCGACUUCCGCCGUGACCUCUGCCCGCCGCCGCCGCCGCACGUGCCGCUGGCCUUCGGGCCUCCGCCGCCCCGGGCCCUGGCUGCGAGGCGCUGCACCGUUCCCCUUGCUGACACCGAGUCCACGCCGGACCAGGACGCCGAGGCCCGCUGCGCCCUGUGCGCGCGUGCGCUCCAGGAUGAAGAGGACCCUCUGUGUUGCCCCCACCCUGGCUGCCCGCUAAGGGCCCAUGUGAUCUGCCUUGCAGAGGAGUUCCUGCAGGAGGAGCCAGGGCAGCUUCUGCCCCUAGAGGGCCAAUGCCCUGGGGCCUGGCCUGGAGGCCUGCGAUGCCUGACUCUGUAUCUCCCACCAACUGCACCCCUUGGUAGCUGUAAGAACUCACUGCUGUGGGGAGAUCUGAUCUGGCUGUGCCAGAUGGGCACCGAGGAGGAAGAAGAGGACUUGGAAUUAGAAGAGGACCACUGGACAGACAUGCUGGAGACCUGAUCCUCAGCAUCGCCAAAGCUCCACCCACUCCUCCUCUGUGCCACCCCCUGCGGUUCUGGGCCGUUUUUACUUGAGUACAAUAAAAAGUCUGAGCUAAGGGUACCUCUGGUGUUUGCCGGGGGCAG